AGGCCGCACAGGAUCGCGUGAUGUGUACAGAACCUGCGCUAUCGUAUUUUUCGGCUUCUAAGUUUCUAUCACGCUCGCUCUCUUCAGAUUUGCACGGGUCCACCAGAGGAUUGGAGAUUCCUCGUUGAACUUUAGACUUGUCAUCAUUCGCAAAUUGUAUCAUUAUCUUAUAUAAAAGUCGACGAGGGAAUCCUUCGAUCCAGUAUCGCUACAUUGGUUAACGACAUAUCAUACCGUGGAUUUUAUUUGUACGUUCGUAAAACACAGGUCUUCUGAAGUGAACAUUUUGGUGUAAAAGGAAGGAUAAACCGAUCUGAUUGAAAUGGCACCCCACAUGGAAACGACCGUCGUAACUGAGGUUCUGACCGAGACCAAAACAGAACACAAACAUCCUGUACAAGAGAAGAGAACUUACGAAUUGGUUUGGAGGAAUAUCAUCAUCUUCUCCUUUCUUCACACUGUCGCAUUGUAUGGGAUUUAUCUAGCCUUUACAUCAGCUAGAAUUUACACAACGUUACUUGUAUUCAUUCUUUACCCCGCUGGUGGAUUUGGAAUAACAGCUGGCGCACACAGAUUAUGGGCGCACAGAGCAUACAAAGCAAAAUGGCCGCUCAGAGUUAUAUUGACCAUCUGCAAUACCUUGGCUUUCCAAGACGCGGUGAUAGACUGGGCCAGAGACCACAGGGUCCAUCACAAAUACAGCGAGACCCACGCCGACCCUCAUAACGCAGUGAACGGCUUCUUCUUCUCCCACGUCGGCUGGCUGUUGUGCAAGAAGCAUCCGGAAGUGAAGAAGAAGGGAUCGCAGAUCGACAUGUCCGAUCUGUACGCCGAUCCCAUCCUCCGCUUCCAGAAGAAGCACUACAUGAUCCUGAUGCCUCUGAUCUCUUUCAUCUUGCCGACCGCCGCCCCCAUGUACUUCUGGGGCGAGACCUUCACCAACGCCUACUGCCUCAACAUCCUCAGGUAUUGCAUCACCCUCAACGCCACCUGGUUGGUCAACUCCGCUGCGCACAUGAUCGGAUGGAGGCCGUACGACAAAAAUAUCAGCCCCUCAGAAAACAAGUUUGUGUCCCUGUUCGCCCUCGGAGAAGGUUUUCACAACUACCACCACACAUUCCCAUGGGACUACAAAACAGCCGAACUGGGAAAAUACAGUUUGAACUAUUCCACGGCCCUCAUCGACUUCUUCGCCAAGAUCGGCUGGGCGUACGACCUGAAAACCGUGUCCGACGACAUGGUCAAGAAACGCGUGUUGAGGACAGGAGAUGGCAGCCACGAAGUUUGGGGAUGGGGCGACAAAGAUCAGCCCGAAGAAGAUUACACAGAGGCCGUGAUCAGGUACAGAAAAAUGUCUAGUUCGUAGGAGGAUUCAGAUCUACAUUUCAAAGUUAGAUAAACUUUAAAUUCGGGAUUCUUUAUUCUCAAGUAAAAAAUUGUUAUGAGAGAGAUAACACUUAAAACCUGUGAUUCUUUUAAUGUAUGUAUAUUAUUUAUUGAUCGGUCAGAUGAGCCAUAAAUUCAUUCAUUCAGAGUCGAAACUAUUUUUCGAAAAUAAAAAAUUUAUCGGAAACCUAUUUAAAAAAUAUAUAUACAAAAUUAAAUGCAUUAUAUUUGAAAUUAACUUUCGAAAAAAAAUGUAAACAAGACAUAAUUUAAUUUCAAACCGCCUAGGGAUGUUGAAAUAUCCUGGCAGUAUUCUUCAAAGUAGGGAACCUCUUCAACUGCUCCGCUGGUGUUUGUUUGUAUUCGAUAAUUUUAUUCCUCUACUAAUAAAUCAUGAGACUGUAAUUUUUGUACAUUUGAAAAUUAUCUUUAAGUUUUGGCUGUUGAUUCGUAGUAAGGUUAUUUUAUAGUAGCGUGUAGAAUAGGAGCGAAUGGGCACAAGCGAAAUUACUGUAGAAGUUUCGAUUUGUAGGUUUAGUUAUUUAUAAUGCUAGUUUAAGAGAUGAAAGUUCAGUUUUCUUUUUAUAUUUUCGUUCGAAAAGCUUUAUCACUUGUUGAAAUAAAGUUGGUAAAAUGAAAA